AAUCAAUUUCGUUACGAACGAUGUGAUCACGAUCGCCAGCCACGAGGAUAUCGAUAUCGAAAUGAAAGUUUCAAACGGACGUGUAUGAAUGUGUACGUACACGUGACAAGAGGAAACUAACGAUCUAGUGGUCAAUUACGAGAUAACGAUAACUGACGGCACGCGAGGCCGGACAUGCAAAUUCUUCGCGCGGUGACUCGGCAUGUCGUACGUACGUGCUCCGCGAUUACUUUCCUCGCGGCCGCGCGAGAUGGCCGACGAUCGAGAAUUUGGUCGAAAAACUGACGGAAGCGAACGUGGAGACGAGCUGCGUUGAUAGGAAGAAUUGAUUAGGUCAUCCCCGCGGCAACCGUUGGACAAACACGAUGAAACAGAGAGGAAGCCUGGCUUUCGGUUUCAAGACCAGCCUUAGUUGCUUGACCGAUUUCCGCACGCGAUAUCCCGACCUCGAGACGCAUCGCGUACACGAUCGAAACCAACUGACCAAUUACUCAGCCUGGGGAAAUUAGCUGCAAUUUCGACGCUGCACUUUUUUUUCUUCUCUGCCCUCUCUCUGCCAUCCGAUAAGAGGAAUCAUUUCGACGAACUUUCGAGCAAGUUGAAGAGUAAUUAAAAAAAGGGGGGGGGAGAGGGGGCGAGAUUUUCUAAGAGUGGAAUUUAAAAAUUCACGAUCAUUGGAACUGGUAUUGGAACGUGUUUGGAAUGAGACUCGUGGGAUUCGCGAUCGCCGUGUGCGGUUACCUUGGAUUUUGCGGGGAAUUCGCGGUUCGCGCGCAGGAGAAUACGACGAGCGACCGAGGACCUACGAGGACGAGACCCGUUAAUCUUUUAAUUAUCAACGAGGGAAGCAACAGAGUUGCAAACAGUAGCGUGAUAUCGGCGUUGGAGACGAUCAAAGAAAAAUAUCCGAGUCAUUUGGGGAAGGUGUGGAGCGUGCAAGUGAAUGAAUCCGAUGUAAACGACACCCUCGAUCGUAUUUGCGGUGCUUGGGAUUCAGCGGUGGAAAUAGGUGGGACCAGAGUCCCGGACAUGGUGAUAGAUACGACGACGGCCGGUCUGGCUGCCAAGAUAUCUAACUCAUUCACAGCUGCUCUAGGAAUCCCCACGUUAUCCGCUCAAUACGGUCAAGAAGGGGAUCUUCUGUACUGGAGGAACUUGAACAUGGAUCAGCAGGGAUAUCUGAUUCAAGUAAUGCCACCGGCAGAUUUAAUACCGCAAGCAAUCAGAGAGCUGUGCAUUCAACUGAACAUUUCAAACGCCGCGAUUCUGUAUGAUCAGAACUUCGUCAUGGAUCACAAGUACAAGAGUCUGUUGUUGAACGUGGCGACCAGGCACGUGAUCAACGAAAUCGAUCUAGAGGUAGCGGAAAUGAAAGCGCAGCUGUCCACCUUACGGGACUUGGACAUAGUGAACUAUUUCGUCCUAGGUGACGAAAAUAUCAUCGACGCGGCUCUGGAAAUCGCGGAAGCCUCGAACUUCACCGGCAAGAAGUACGGUUGGUUUUUAUUGACCCCGGAGAUCGACGUUUCGCCGAACUGCGACUGUAAAAAUAUCAGCGCCCUGUUCAUGAGGCCAGAAUUCAGCAAGAAAACUCCAACGACCGGACCUUCGUUGCCGAAACCGGUUAUUUCUUCCGCGUUCUAUUACGACCUGGUGCAACUCGGUGUCCACGCGAUGAAAUCGGCCUUGGAUAACGGGGAUUGGCCAAUGGAGCCUAAGCACAUCACCUGCAACGAGUAUGAUAAUACCAAUACUCCGAGAAGGAAGCUGAACUUUUUCAAUAGAUUAAAGGAAGCUUACAAGAAUAUGACACCGACUUACGCCGGGAUUAAAUGGGGCUCGAAGAAUGGAGAACACCAGGCCAAGUUUGAGAUGUCUGUUCGUUUGGUGGAUAUAAAAGAUGGGGUUGUUUCGAACAACAUCGAGGGUGGGUCUUGGAACGCGAGCAUCUCAACGCCACUGCAGAUAACGAACAACGACGUGAUGAACAUCACAGCGGUGAAGAGCUACCGUGUGGUUACCAUGCUUCAGCCGCCAUUUGUGAUGUACAACGCGGACAACAACGAGUACUACGGUUUCUGUAUCGACCUGCUGAACGAGAUCAAAGACACGGUGAAAUUUCAGUACGAGAUACGAGAGGUCGACGACAAAGAAUUUGGGAAUUUAAGUCCGAAUGGGACGUGGAACGGGAUGAUGAAGGAGCUGAUCGAGAAACGAGCCGACAUCGCUCUUGGUUCGUUGUGGGUCACGGCCGAGAGGGAAAGGAUAGUCGAUUUCACGGUGCCUUACUACGAUCUCGUCGGUCUGUCCAUCAUGAUGCUGAAAACGAAAACCACCACCUCGCUGUUUAAAUUCCUCACGGUGCUGGAGAACGAGGUGUGGUUCUGUAUUUUGGCCGCUUAUCUUUUCACCAGUGUCCUGUUGUGGAUCUUUGAUCGUUGGUCGCCGUACAGCUACCAGAACAACCGGGAGAAGUACAAGAACGACGACGAGAAAAGGGAGUUCAACUUGAGGGAGUGUUUCUGGUUUUGCAUGACCUCGUUGACGCCGCAGGGUGGCGGAGAAGCCCCGAAAAAUCUCUCCGGACGACUGGUCGCUGCUACUUGGUGGCUGUUCGGAUUCAUAAUCAUCGCCUCGUACACGGCGAAUCUGGCUGCGUUCUUGACCGUGUCCAGGCUGGAAAUUCCAAUCGAGACGUUGGAGGAUCUCAGCAAGCAAUAUAAGAUUCAAUACGCACCGGUGUUGAACUCCUCGGCUUACGUUUACUUCAAAAGAAUGGCUGCCAUUGAGUGGAAGUUCUACUACAUCUGGAAGAACAUGAGUCUUAAUGAUAAUUUGUCGGAUAUAGAGAGGGCUGAACUGGCAGUGUGGGACUACCCCGUUAGUGACAAAUACACAAAAAUGUUGCAAGCCAUGGAGGAGGCUGGUUUUCCUGAUUCCAUUGAAGAAGCGGUACAACGAGUUCGACGUCUCAAAACGAACAACGAAUUCGCUUAUAUUGGAGAUUCAACGAUUAUUAAAUACCUUACUAUGACGAACUGCGACCUGGUUCAAGUGGGCGAGGAUUUUUCGAGGAAACCUUACGCUAUCGCCGUUCAACAGGGAUCGCCAUUGAAGGACGCGUUUAACAAUGCAAUUCUGACACUAUUGAACAAGAGGAAAUUGGAAAAAUUAAAGGACAAGUGGUGGAAAAAGAACCCAGAGAGAAAAGACUGCGAUGCAGAGAACAGUCAGAGCGACGGUAUAAGCAUUCAGAAUAUCGGAGGCGUGUUCGUAGUUAUAUUUAUAGGUAUUAUUUUUGCUUGUUUCACAUUGGCCUUUGAAUAUUGGUACUAUCGACAUCGUACAAAGAUUACGAAGAUUGAUCGAAACAGCAUUACCAAAGGCAAAGUCACGCAAGUGAAACCGCUCAGAUUCAAUUUACAGCCGGCGCCUACGCACGGUUUUCAGAAUACCCAUCUCAGACCAAGAUUUUGAAUGUUUAUGACAAAGAAAAAAAAAAAAAGAUAUUCACGAAUCGAUCGAUUGUGUAUUACAGGUAUGCUGUACCUCGAUGUCAAUGCCUAUUGCUAUUUAGUAAUAGUCAAAUAAAAACGAAAAGAAGAUAAUGGAUAAAAAUGAACAAUCUUUUUAUCAUAA